AUGCUGGGCGACGAGGCCGACCUCGUUGGCAUCUGCGAUCUCGCCGACAAGUACGACGCGAUGGUAAUGGUGGACGACUCCCACGCGACAGGCUUUCUCGGCCCGACGGGUAGGGGAAGCGUCGACAAGCAGGGGGUCAUCGACCGCGUCGACGUGAUUACCAGCACGAUGGGAAAGGCGCUUGGCGGAGCGUCGGGCGGAUUCACGACCGGACAUAAGGAGAUCAUCGACAUCCUGCGCCAGCGUUCAAGGCCCUACCUAUUCUCCAACACGUUGGCGCCGCCGAUAGUGGUCGGCGCGCUGACGGCGCUCGACAUCCUCCAGACCCGCCCGGAGCUGCGCGAAAGACUCCACGCGAACACUGCCCACUUCCGAAGCAAGAUGAACGAGCUCGGCUUCAAUAUCGUGCCCGGCGACCACCCCAUCGUGCCCAUCAUGAUCGGGGACGAGAAGAAGAACGUGGCGCUCGCGCAGGCGGUCAAUGCCCGCGGUGUCUUCGUCGUGGCGUUCAGCUUCCCCGUCGUGCCGCGAGGCGAGGCCCGCAUCCGCGAGUCCAGAUGUCGGCGGCGCACACGAGAGAGCAGCUCGACCGCGCCCUCGCCGUGUUCGAGGAGGCCGGACGCGAGCAGGGUUGUUAUCUCGUAG